GGUCUCCCGGUGGCGGUGGCGGCGGCGGCGGUGGCUUUGUCUCGUGGGCCGGUCCCCGGCGGCUCCCUCCCCCGAGCAGCUGCCGCCCGAGGGAGAGGAAGGAAGCCUCCCGGCGCCGACACCCCGCGCGCUCGCCGUCGCCACGACCAUGUAAGGGCCAUGAGAAGGGCUGGUCCUGGCGCAGCGCGGACAUGGAGGAGGACCUGUUCCAGCUCAGGCAGCUGCCGGUGGUGAAGUUCCGUCGCACAGGCGAGAGCGCGAGGUCAGAGGACGACGCGGCCUCGGGAGAGCAUGAGGUCCAGAUUGAAGGGGUCCGGGGGGGCCUAGAGGCGGUCGAGCUGGACGAUGGGGCGGCCGUGCCCAAGGAGUUCGCCAAUCCCACCGACGAUACUUUCAUGGUGGAAGAUGCGGUGGAAGCCAUUGGGUUUGGGAAGUUUCAGUGGAAGCUGUCCGUCCUCACUGGCCUGGCGUGGAUGGCCGACGCCAUGGAGAUGAUGAUCCUGAGCAUCCUGGCGCCCCAGCUGCACUGCGAGUGGCGGCUCCCCAGCUGGCAGGUGGCGUUGCUGACCUCGGUGGUCUUUGUAGGCAUGAUGUCCAGCUCCACGCUCUGGGGAAACAUCUCAGACCAGUACGGCAGGAAAACAGGGCUGAAGAUCAGCGUGCUCUGGACCCUCUACUACGGCAUCCUCAGUGCUUUUGCACCUGUGUAUAGCUGGAUCCUGGUGCUCCGAGGCCUGGUGGGCUUUGGGAUCGGAGGGGUCCCCCAGUCGGUGACACUGUAUGCCGAGUUCCUUCCCAUGAAAGCCAGGGCCAAGUGUAUUUUGCUGAUUGAGGUCUUCUGGGCCCUUGGGACGGUGUUCGAGGUCAUCCUGGCGGUGUUCGUGAUGCCCAGUCUGGGCUGGCGUUGGCUGCUCAUCCUGUCGGCUGUCCCGCUCCUCCUCUUUGCCGUUCUGUGCUUCUGGCUGCCAGAGAGCGCGCGGUAUGACGUGCUAUCCGGAAACCAGGAAAAGGCCAUUGCCACCUUAAAGAGGAUAGCGACCGAGAACGGAGCACCCAUGCCACUGGGGAAGCUCAUCAUCUCCAGGCAGGAAGACCGAGGCAGGAUGAAAGAUCUUUUCACACCCCAUUUUAGAUGGACAACCUUGUUGCUGUGGUUUAUAUGGUUUUCCAAUGCCUUCUCUUACUACGGCUUAGUUCUUCUCACCACAGAACUUUUCCAGGCCGGAGACGUCUGCAGCAUCUCCAGCCGCAAGAAGGCUGUAGAAGCCAAGUGCAGUCUGGCCUGUGAGUACCUGAGUGAGGAGGACUACAUGGACCUGCUGUGGACCACCCUGUCUGAGUUCCCAGGCGUCCUGGUGACUCUGUGGAUCAUCGACCGCCUGGGCCGCAAGAAGACCAUGGCCCUGUGCUUCGCCAUCUUCUCCUUCUGUAGCCUCCUGCUGUCCAUCUGUGUCGGGAGAAACGUGCUCACCCUGUUACUCUUCAUUGCAAGAGCAUUCAUUUCCGGAGGCUUCCAAGCAGCCUAUGUUUACACACCUGAGGUCUACCCCACGGCGACGCGGGCGCUGGGCCUGGGCACCUGCAGCGGCAUGGCCAGGGUGGGCGCGCUCAUCACGCCCUUCAUCGCUCAGGUGAUGCUGGAGUCCUCCGUGUACCUGACGCUGGCAGUGUACAGUGGCUGCUGCCUCCUGGCCGCCGUGGCUUCCUGUUUUCUGCCCAUCGAGACCAAAGGCCGAGGACUCCAGGAGUCUAGCCACCGGGAGUGGGGCCAGGAGAUGGUUGGCAGAGGGACACACGGUGCAGGUGUGGCCAGGUCGAACUCUGGCUCUCAGGAAUAGUGACCGCUGGGGAAGCUGAGCUGGUGUCUUGGAGGCCGCAGAGCCGGGAGAGCUGGCGGGGCCCAGCCGGGCAGCUCGUGGUCACUGCCGACGUCGGGAACUCACCCGAGAAGACGGGCUGGACUAACAGGGUUUUGUGUCUUGACUCCGUUUGCCGUGUUCACUGAGGCCGCCCGGGAUGGGGAGGCUCUGCUCUAGGGGUUCUCUGUGUAGGGGAAGGCUUACUAACGACCUGUGGGUCUGCAUGGGAAAACUGCCACUUGUAGGUGAGUCUGGGGGUCCUGGCAGCCAAGCAAAUGCCACCCAGAGUCACCCUGUCACACCUUCAGUGAACCACCACCAAAAGAUCUCUGUAAAUACUGUCCAGGCCCAGACCCCUGUGACACUUGCCAUCCACCAACUGGACCUGUUGAGUAGGUAUCUCCUACACCCCCCGGCCCCAGGCUUUCUUCUUUGAGAUGACAGGUGACCUAGGUGUGUGGCCUGAGCGGCUUGUUCUUAGACUGGGGAAAUGCUCUCUUGCCCGUCAGCAGGGGUCCCCCUGACUCCCUGGGGUCUGCCCAGUGGAGACUGGCUGGUGCACCUGCAUUGGAACCUGAGCCCGGUGUCCCCACGUGGCUACCUCUGGAAUUGUGUCUCUGGCUCCAGGGCAUCCGGACGUGUCCCUGGGAAGAGCAAGGUUUGCACACGAUGGCAAACUCAGAAAGCUGUGAUCCCACUCCCAGCCCAGAAAUUGGGGGCUGAGGCGCAAAGGAGGAGAAAUUCAAGCUCGCAGCCCAAACAGGAGUCACCCCUGUAGCAGCAGCAAAGGCCACACUCAGGCGUUCUGUCCAGGUCUCCUCCUGGGCCAGCCUGAGUGGUGCCUCCUGGGGAGAGGAAGUGGCUCACUCAGGUUUCAAGGUUGGAUUUUGCACCUAGGUAGAGGGCUGAGUGGGCAGAGGAACCAAAAGGACGUGCCUGGGUCGGGGUCAGGGGAGCAGGAAUCCCUGACGCGCACAUGCUCCUUCCUUCCUGUUUGUGGGCACCCCCUGUUGAGGGCUGUGCUGGUCCAGACCACACAGUGAGCUCCUGGGCUCCCACCUGUGGCACCGCCCGUGGGGAUCCUGGAGGGGGAAGAGCAGGAAGGCCCGGAUGUGGGAAGAGUGAGCAUUUUCAGAGGAGGAGGAAGGAGGCCAUUGGGGGCUUGGUGUUGGCCUUCAGAGGAAGCCGGCUGCAUCCCUCCCAGGAUUGGUCGACAGGAGCCUUUUCCCCACGGAGAAGGCGGAGGACCUACGGAGGGAGGAAGGAGGCUGCCAGAGAGGACCCACCCGUUGCUCGAUGUCAAGGGAGCCCAAUGUGUGCGUUCAUCUCCUAUUAAAACAUGUCGGUGACGGACA